CAGGAACCACUUGAGGAACGGACCUUCCGGUACUGUCGGCCCACGAAAAUAAAUGACUACUUUGACGACAACCACUUAGAGGCAAAGGAACGUUCCGAACAACUUGGUCAACCUAUUACAUGUAAUGAUAAGAGGUGUAAGGAUAUACAGAUGCAUACUUUAGAUCAUUUCUGA